GAACCCGUGGCGCCACUCGUCUCAGCGGCCGGCCCGCCGAGGCGGGGCCUAGCUCGGGCCUAUAGCGUGGAGCUGACUCGCAGCUCCCGCCCCCUUUCGCUCGGCAGUCUCUCCGCUACUCUCCCGCCCCACGUGCCCCGCUGGCCGCUCCCCCAGCGCCCUUUCCAACUGCCUGCUGGAAGCUGCUGUAAAAUGUCGUGAGGGCGCCUUCGCUUUACGGUCGCCUCUCCCAGAACGAGCGCCCCGGAGCGCCCACCGCCGUCAGCCUGAGCGAGUCGGCCCGGCGCAGAGCGAGAGGCCCCGCGCUCCGCUGCCCUCCUCGUCGCGCCCUUUCCGGCCCCGGCGAUGUGAGGUCGGGGGGGUGGGCUGCGGUGCCCUCUGGCCCAGGGCUGAGACGGGCUGCAGGUGCCUGUGAGGCGGGCGGGUGCCGGGGCCGGCAGGAUGGAGGAGAGCAUGGAAGAGGAGGAGGGAGGCAGCUACGAGGCGAUGAUGGACGACCAGAACCACAACAACUGGGAGGCCGCCGUGGACGGCUUCCGGCAGCCCCCGCCGCCCGCGUCGUCGAUGCCGGCCCCCGUGCGGGAGCCCCCGGGCGGACACCUGCUGGCGGCGCCCGCCGUCUCCGUGGACAGGAAAGGCUCCAAGGAGGGGCUCCCGCUGGGCCCGCCGCCGCCGCCGGAGCCCAAUGGGGUGAUCAUGAUGUUGAAGAGCUGCGACGCGGCCGGCGCCGUGGCCAAGGCGGCCCCCGCCCCCACGCCCAGCUCCACCAUCAACAUCAACACCUCCACCUCCAAGUUCUUAAUGAAUGUUAUAACUAUUGAAGAUUACAAGAGCACAUACUGGCCAAAAUUGGAUGGUGCCAUAGAUCAACUUUUAACCCAGAGUCCUGGUGACUAUAUCCCCAUAUCCUAUGAACAGAUAUACAGUUGUGUGUAUAAAUGUGUAUGCCAGCAGCACUCAGAACAGAUGUAUAGUGAUCUGAUUAAAAAGAUAACUAAUCACUUAGAGAGAGUCUCAAAGGAGCUGCAGGCCAGCCCUCCAGAUCUGUAUAUUGAAAGAUUUAAUAUAGCGCUUGGACAGUACAUGGGAGCAUUGCAGAGCAUUGUGCCUCUUUUCAUAUAUAUGAAUAAAUUUUACAUCGAAACCAAGCUUAACAGAGACCUGAAAGAUGACCUUAUAAAGCUGUUUACGGAACAUGUUGCAGAAAAGCACAUUUGCAGCCUGAUGCCUUUGCUUCUCGAAGCCCAGUCAACACCAUUUCAGGUCACACCUUCAACCAUGGCAAAUAUUGUGAAAGGCCUGUAUACGCUGAGACCAGAGUGGGUUCAGAUGGCUCCAACUCUUUUUUCUAAAUUUAUUCCCAACAUCCUCCCUCCAGCGGUGGAAUCUGAACUCUCCGAAUAUGCUGCUCAAGACCAGAAGCUGCAAAGAGAACUCAUUCAGAAUGGUUUUACAAGAGGUGACCAGUCCCGGAAGAGAGCUGGGGACGAGUUGGCCUAUACUCGUCAGCAUGUGCAAGUUCCCGGGGGUACAGAUAGUGAUGGCGUGAAUGUUCUUCCCUUCCUGAAAAGAGGACACACUGGAGACUGUAUUCAGAGCACAGCAGAGCCUGCGACACUCCGGAGCUCGGGCACAACGCUGUUCUUGGAAGAGGAUGCUGGACUUCUUACUUUGGUUUGCAAUUUUAAAUAACAAAAAAACUAACAAAAAGCAAAAACAUAAAAACACUUGCUGCUAGACUUGGGGGUGAUUUUGAAAUGGGACAAUCUUUUAAUGAGUUUACUACAGAGUCUGUAAGUAGCAAGCAUCUUGGAAAGUGACCCUUGCUAAGUGAAAUCUGACAGCCAAAUUCUGUAGCUUCCUCCAAAAAUAUGAGCGGAAGAAUCUUUUUCUUUUUCUUUUUUUUUUUUUAGCACUUGUUUUGUUCAUGUGUGGAUUUGGUAUUUCGGCAGAUUGAUUUCCCAUGUCAAGAUACCUUUUGCUUUAAAACCAAACAGGUCAUUACAAUACAGUAUUUUUCACCCAUAACCAAAACAACUGCCUUUAAAAGAGUUGGUCUUUGUUUAGCAUUAGAAAGUCUCGUAAGAGGAAAAUGCUAACUCUGCUCCCCCCCAUCAGGUCACAGUUUUUGCCUACUCUGUGCCUUGAGCUUUGUGCACUUUGCAACUGCGUGACCAUGUUGUCACGCUUCCUGGAGAAGUUCUGGUGUCCCAGACAAACCCACCGACUCGUCAAGUGAGACUGUGGCAAGAUGCUCCUUCAGUGGGAGGAUGGAGGGGUGUUCCGCAGCGGUCAGGCUUCCCAGUGCUUCGCCAGGACAUGCUUGUGUUGCUGUGGGGACCAACUCUUAUAGAGCAUUUCCUUUCCCUCUGUCACUUAGCAGGAUUUCAUUCGCUGCUGCUGUGGCGUUGGCCGUACCCUAGUCUGGGGGGACGGGGCUUCAUGAAAGCUCCCCUCUUAAUAUUGUUGAGAAUUAUCCAACCAUCAGAGCCAUUUCCUGUGAUCUGUGGGAAGCAGAAGUAGUUACCAAAUCCAAAUAUAACCAGUGGUGUGGGGCUCCUGCUCAUUUGUGUUUUAAAUGGGUGACGUAAGUACUAAAGAGUCUGCGGCCUGCGUCUUUCAUGUGUUGUGUUGAGUCUAACAGGGAAGAAGCAGCACUGCUGUUUCAGGGCCGCCUUCCAGCUGUGGCAAAGCUGUCCUCUGUUCCCCACACUCAGUGCUAGUCCAGUCUUCCCAAAAGUCUCUGGGGCUGUUCUAGUGGUUUUUGAAAGACAAAGGAAAAUAGAAAGACGUGGAAAGGGAGGAAGAUGCUGUUCUCAGUGUUUUUGAAUCUCGGUUGAACACGGGCUUCACUCCUGUGGGCUACAUCAGGCUAGUAAUAUUGACCUCUUGAGGGAGCUUGGGACGAGGGUGGGUGUAACCGGGGGCACUGUCAACACUUGAGACUGUGGGUUGUUCACAGACCUGCCUCUGUCCACUCAGCUUGGUGUUCUUUGGGAGGUGGCGCAGUGAGAGAAUUAGAACUGGGAUAUUGAAAAGAAAUGGGUCCUCUAAUAAUAGAAAACCUUGAUUUGUGAAACUACCACACAGAGAAGCCACAGUGAAGGUUGUCCGAUGUACGUGCUUACAACCAGAGCUGGUGGAGUUUGUGGAAGACUUGAAUUGUACUCAAGUAUGUGAGCAUCCUGGGUUGUUUUGAUGGACACUGAACUACUUGGAGAACACAGACAGGUUCUCACUGUCACCUGUUCAGCCUGAUUUGCUGCACCAGUAACAUCCUAGUGUGGAGGAGGAGUUUCAUUUUAUCAUGAAGUCCAAAUUUUACUUUCUCAAUGGAAGGCUUGCUGCAGACUUAGAAAUAACACCCGAACUGAAUUCUCUCCUGAGUGAAUAUUGUUCUGAAAGAAGUAAAGUGGGAAUGUUUCUUUAAGUGUAGAUGAAUCCUUCAGUAUGUUCAUACCCAAAUGCUUUUUUCUGGGAGAGAGCAUUCUUUUUUUUUUUUUUUUUUUGGCCAAUAACAGAAGAACUUUCCCUAUAAGGCAUUGUAUUAUAUGAACUGGCAUUAAAAUCUUUGGAUGUUUUUGCAUCAAGUGAAUAGAGAAAUAUGUUCUUUUUAUUGUUUGUAUUAACAAAAAGUAGACAAUGUACGGUUUGCGAAAUUUAACUUUUCUAAGUGUUUGUACAGUGGCUAUGAGAAGAGCUGUGGCUUGGUCCCACAAAGCUGUGGUUGGAAAAGGCACCUCUCCCCGCACUGUGUCUUGCUUGUUACACACCUUGACCCCACGAGGUACUUGACAGUAUAAAGAGCCCAUUUUUUAAAAAAAAUUAUUUUAAAUUUAAAAUGACCUUGCUUAUUUAUUGGGUUUCUUGGUAAAAUUCUUAGUUUAUAACACGAAGAGAUGAAAUUGCGUCCCCAGUUGCAUUGACGAAGCACUGUUUGCCAGAGGUGUUGUCUUCCCGUGUUGACUUGUGUUCUUGUUGCCAGCACGGUAGGCAGUUACCCAUUCCCGUUAGAUGCUGUCUUCUGUAUGCAAUCAUUGAAGGUCUAGAUUAUUGAAGCCAAAAAAUUGUGCAUGCAAGUGGAUUGGUUAGUUGACACAUGUAAUUGAUUUGGCUAAACUGACUGAUCUGUGUAUGUGCAACCUGAAACUGAACUGUUCAGAAGAAAACCAGGUCAAUCAUCAUGAAAUAAUGACACAUGGAAUGCUUGUUUGAGAGAUGGUAUGAAUUUUAAAGGUUGGCCUUAAGCUUCAGCCGUGGUGUCAUCUCAUGGCCUCUGCUGUCACAGCUGUACCCAACCCGACAGGAAUUACUGGAAGCAAAACCUGUUGGGACUCUUAGCCUGACAGUUCACAGGCAGGGUUAAUGGUAACAAACACAAGCCUGGAUUCAUGUGUUGUGCACUAUUUUGUGGCAAAUUUAUUUCCGUCCCUUUUAAAGUUUGCAGCGGUUACACUCCCUUCAUGGGGGUCUAGGACGAAUAUUAAUUUGUGGGCAGAUGAGAUUGCAGGAGAAUGAUGUCUGUGGCCAUGAACACUGCCUCGCGUUGCCAGUGGUCACACCUGUUCCUCCCCUUGCGGCACACCAGGCUUUCUUUCCAGUUGCAGAUUUGCACACAUAAGUAGUUCCUCAGGAAGAGUUUGCACUUGGAUCACCUUGCAGUAUUUGUACUGACCAAACAAGGGAUCUGAAGGUUUUUCAGCACAAAAGGAUGACUGCAGAGCUGUGGUCUGUACACCUACUAGCAGAGGUAAUGGUGAUCUGGCAAGCAAAAUUGGUUUCUGCAAUUAUGGAGUGAGCAGGAGCACUUGUAGCAUAGUAUUUAAAUAAUUCUGUGUAAUCUCCCUGUAAACGACCACCCUUCCAGAUUUUGUUUUAUUAUUGAGGCUGACUGUAUUUUCUUAUUCUUUCUUCUUCCCCUCCCCCCGCCACCAUGGCAGUUAAUUAUUUUUAUGAUUAUUAUGCAGGAGGCAUUGCCCUUGAGCUAAAUGCUUAAUCAGCUAUUAUUAAAGUAAUGGAGUAUUGUUUUAUGAAUAUACACUAAUCUGAGAAAUUAAAAAACUUUAUAACUAAAAAGCAAAACAAAAAAACCUAUGUUAGCUAUCCACUCAUUGUUCUGGGUGUUUGAUGUGAUUUUUUAAAUGGUGUCUCAUUGAGCUUUUUAGGAAUUUUUGUUUUAAUCCAAGUCUAGGCCUCUUAAGGGGACAUCAGAAUUCAAGGUUAGAUGUGAGUCCUUGACUGACACCUCUGAGAGAUUUAUAGGACCUUUCUGGUUGUGAUUACGGUUUUCAGUGAACUUGCAGGAGAUGAAGUUGCCUUUUCUCAGAGGUUAGAAUGAGGUCAUGAGAGCUGGUGCAGAAAUGCUUUCCUGUUAAAUUUCCUGUUGAGAUUUGCCUUCGUUUCUGGCCACUAGAGUUUGUGAAAGGAGCCCUGUUUGUUUCCAAGGGAAGUGAUUCCUCUUCUGUCCCCAGUGUUCAUCACAGCCACCGACACCUUCCCUCCUCCACUAGCCGAGAGAGGCCUGUCAGGACCCCUUUGCAGAGCUGAGUGGCCCAGGUGCAUCCACCAUUUCUGCUUAUGUGGACGGAGUGGCCUCGGGAGAGCUCACCAGACUCCAUUCCUACAACCUUCCCUGCUGGUUGGAAGUUAUCUUCAUUACUGGUUGGACUUGCAUUGUUUAGAAACAUGUUAAUGGCUUACUUCUGGAAAAUUUAUAGUGUGGCUCUGGGGUUAAGAAUUCUGUGGUUUGGAAAAAAAUAAAUAUUUUUUAUUGAUUCUCACAUGUCAUUUCCAUGUUGUGACUAUGUACUAAAUACAAUAAGACUGUGGGUA